AUGACCGCCCUUCCUUCCACGCCGGUCAUUCGAAGGCGACCCGCUCCUCUCCUUUCAUCGCGUUCAUAUACGCGCUAUAAUACCGACUUCCGUGUCUCUCAUGCAAUCGUUCGUUCUGACGCGAAAGGUCCACUGAACAACUUGAAUCCGUUUUCGCACUCAGAAUAUCGCCCUACGAAGCAACAGCCCCCUUUACACUUACUCUCCACCACAACUCCCACAUUCCACAUUAUCAAAGGGCUCGACUCACACGCGUAUGCUGAUGCCUCCCAAGAGAAGAAUCCCAAACCUCCAGCCCUUGAAGAACACGAGGAGAAAGAGAACCAAGGCUAUCUGUCGCGCCGUACCGACAGCUGCUCUCCUUCUACACCAUCUUCCAGUCUUGGAGUGAUCGAAGAAGACGAACUUGAAGAUGAUACAAGCCCACCUCCCGCAUCUUCUGACCCACUGUUUCCCGACAUAUCAAGCUCCUCUCCAUAUACGUCCGACUUACACUCACCUGUCGACAAACCUCAAGACCGCCUCCGCAAAGAACAAAUCCCCAAUUAUCAUCAGUUUGCCUCGGAGCUCAACGCGAGACUCCUCACGCUCGAUAGACAACAGCAACACCCUCUUUCUGAGUCGCAGCUCCUCAAAAACAACACGUAUAGCUCUACGCCUGACUACCCUUGCGAAGGAUCUCCUCACCACAACUCGUUCGGGCCAAUAUCGCAACGCUCCAACCCGAAGGAGACAUACGCCUCAUUUUCGCCGCAACCUUCAUCUACCGCAGGAUAUGAGGCAGAUUCUGAGGUUUCUUUCACGUCAAGCUGGUACUAUAUUUCGUCAAGCCAUGAUACUCCAACUCAAACCUCUAUGCACUCGUCGACCAAACGAUUUUUUUCCUCGUUAGCCCACCACUCAAAUGACUUGAAUUGUGCCAAAAAGCCCAAACUCACGCCCUCGCGCUCUUCUUCUCGACCAACCGGCUCUACCAAGACUACAUAUCUCCCCACAGUCCCUGCUAGUAUCCGCAAAUCGUUGUCAUUGCGCUCUGAAACCACCAAUUCUGACUCUGAGGUUGGUUUCAUAUCUUCGAAUGACGAGUUCGUUGAAUGCUUACAGGCUGCUGAACUUGUACCCACUCAACUGAACUCCGCAACCUCGACGCCAUCUGCAAAUAAACCCAAGCUAGAGCCCUUCCAUGUUCCUAUUAUUGCUCCUCCCAUAGAGCACAUCGCUCGGCUGCCAAUUACCCAAGAAGUCGCAGCAAAAACUCGAAUCAAUAAUUUCAUCUUGCGUGAAGAACGGUGCAGAAUUUCAGACGGAAUGGAGGAAGUGCAACCAUCAACAAUAACGAACUUAGACAAGACUAACUGGGAGGGGAAACUCGGUAUUGGUGCUGCACGUCGGCAGGUUGUGAAGUGGUUCCUCGAAGUGAUGCCCUCUCGGUCAAUGUACUCUAAUUCCGGCGCUUCUUCCCGGUCGAAUUCCUUCGCAAGUCAGGCCAGCGACAAUGACAUUCCCGGUCUCGUUGAUCAACUCCAAAUCUCGCCUGAGACACGGUUCUGCGGAGCUUAUCUUUACUUGCGGUAUUUCCACCUUCUCACGGGAAAUCGAGAGGAGAUUCGGCGUAUCGAAUCCUGGAAAGCUGCUGCCGUGCUUGAAGACUGCGAUGAAGAUGAUGAUCUCGAGGGCGAAGGCUGGCGUCUGGUAGUAUGGGACACCGCCGUUGCCUGUCUCGCGAUAUCUGUGAAGUUGCAUCGUGACUUCUUGGAGCCGUUGUGUCCCGUCAUGUCUUGGGAGUUUGAGGAGCUGGCCCCGCAUGACAUUUUAUUCGAGGACCUUGAGGCACGCAUUUUGCUAUUGUGCAUAUAUUUAUUAACCGUAUGCCAGACCGCGCAACGCGACAUCCUUGCCGGUCUCCAAUAUCGUCUCGGACAUUCGCCCCAACUUCUGCUCGAUGACUUGUGGUUGGCGCUUCCUUCAUUGCGAGAGCUGCUGCAUUUCCAAGGCGGCUGGAAUUUUGUGCAGAAGGAAACUUGGUCGAGGCUUUACAAAGCUGUUCUAGAGCCGGAUGUCUUGAAGUUUUCUCUAUCUGAACUAACGGCAGCUGCAUUGAUUAUUAGCCUUAUCUAUGCGGUUAGUGUGCGAAUAGACUUUCAGCAGCCACUGCGAGGACCCAUGCGUGGGAUGCGCGAUCAAGACAAGAUCACGACUAAAGCUGAACGAGAAGCAGCGGGCGUUGUUCAGGACAUCCAGGCACUAACGGGCAAGUUUACGCGUAGUUAG